AUGAGCUCUCAAGUCUCAUGGCUGGUUUUUUGGGUAAUGAUUGUUGUGGUGAUUCUCAACAUUGUAGAAGGAGGAGCCGAUGAAGAGACUAAGGUCCAUAUAGUAUACCUUGGUGAAAAGGAGCAUAAUGAUCCUAAGCUUGAAACAGCCUCACAUCUCAGAAUGUUAGAAUCUCUACUUGGAAGCAAAAAAGAUGCUAGUGAGUCCAUUGUUCAUAGUUAUCGACAUGGUUUCUCCGGCUUUGCUGCCCAUCUUACAGAUGCUCAAGCGAAAAAAAUCUCAGAGCAUCCAAAUGUAGUUCAAGUAACGCCUAAUGUUUAUUAUGAGCUGCAAACUACAAGGACAUUUGAUUAUCUGGGGCUUUCUCAUAGUACACCUAAAGGUCUUCUUCGUGAUGCUAAGAUGGGUGAAGACGUCAUCAUUGGUGUCUUGGACUCAGGUGUUUGGCCAGAGUCAGAGUCGUUCAAUGACAAAGGCUUAGGACCAAUCCCAAAAAGAUGGAAAGGGAUGUGCAUAGAUGGUGAAGAUUUUGACUCAAAGAAACAUUGCAACAAGAAGUUGAUAGGGGCGAGGUAUUACAUGGAAAGCCUAUUUCGAAAGAACAAAACAGAUAGCAGAAUACCGGACACAGAGUACAUGUCCGCAAGGGAAAAAUUGCCUCACGGUACACACGUGGCUUCCACAGCCGCGGGAUCAUUCGUUUCGAAUGUGAGUGCAAAUGGGUUUGGAGUGGGUACAGUAAGAGGUGGAGCUCCUGGUGCUCGUAUCGCCGUUUACAAAGUGUGUUGGCAAAGACGAGAUGGUAGUUGCGCGAGCGCGGAAAUAAUCAAAGCAAUGGACGACGCCAUAGCAGAUGGUGUGGACUUGAUAACAAUCUCAAUAGGCAGGCCAAACCCUACACUUAGUGAAAUUGAUGCAUAUAAUCAAAUCUCGUAUGGAGCAUUCCAUGCAGUCGCCAAUGGUAUUCCAGUGCUUAGUGCGGGUGGUAACUUUGGGCCAAAUGAUUAUACUGUCCAGAACAUAGCUCCAUGGAUCAUAACAGUAGCUGCCACAAGUCUAGACCGGUGGUAUUCUACACCUUUGACACUAGGCAACAACAUCACCUUAAUGGCACGAAGCGCUUACAAGGGUAGCGAGAUCCAAGCAGAAUUAAUGUUCGUAUACCGCGCAAACGAGAUGACGAGUGCAGCAAAAGGAAAAGUGGUGGUAGCUUUCAUAACUACUGAUAAUGAAGUUAUGGACUAUGUAUCUACAUUUUCAACUGUCGAAGCAAGUGGUCUAAUAUUUGCCACCAAAAGAGAGGAUGAUUUGAAAGUCUCUGAAGGUAUGGCCAUGAUCACGAUCGACUAUGAACAAGGAGCAACCAUAUUCAAGUACAUACGUACCACUAGUUCGCCCACCAUAAAAAUAAGCUCUGCAAUCACACUUAAUGGACCACUUGUAGCCACUAAGGUUGCUGAGUUCUCAGGAAGAGGACCCAAUACCAUAUCUCCAUAUGUUCUUAAGCCCGAUAUCGCGGCUCCUGGUGUGGCCAUAGUGGCUGCAAGUACCCCAGAAAAAAUGGGUGCCGAGGAUGGAUUCUACGCUGAGUCGGGAACUUCAAUGGCAACACCUGUGGUCGCUGGUUUAGUUGCGCUACUUAGAGCUGUACAUCCUGAUUGGUCUCCGGCCGCACUUAAGUCAGCUCUUGUCACUACAGCUUCCCAAACUGAUCCCUAUGGAGAACCUAUAUUUUCGGAAGGGCUAACACGAAAACUAGCCGACCCUUUUGACUUUGGAGGAGGAUUAGUUAACCCCAACAAAGCAGCCGAUCCUGGUCUUGUCUAUGACGCGGGUGCAGAAGACUAUAGACUAUUUCUAUGUGCUUCCAAUUAUGACGAGGUGCACAUUACUAGAAUAUCAAGGAUAAAUACGUUAUAUCGAUGUCCGAGUCCAAGACCUUCUAUGCUUGAUCUCAAUUUGCCUUCCAUAACCAUUCCAUUCCUUAAGGAAGAUGUGACUCUCACGAGAACGGUCACCAACGUUGGACCUGUUGACUCGGUCUAUAAACUCGUCGUCGAGCCUCCAUUGGGUAUCAAGAUCUCUGUCACACCCAACACAUUGUUGUUUAACUCAAAUGUCAAGAAACUCAGCUUCAAGGUUACUGUCUCCACAACUCACAAAGCCAAUUCGAUUUACUAUUUUGGGAGCUUGACUUGGACUGAUGGCUCUCACAAUGUGACUAUCCCAUUAUCUGUCAGGACACAAAUGUUGAAGUAUUUUAGCUAUUGA